ACAUGCACCAGCAUGUGGUCACACUUUUGCAUCGUCAUACUUGCUGCGUAGUACAUGCAACGUAGCAAGUAAGGAGAUUCAUCCUGAUAGUAAUUUUUAGACAUCCUAUAACUAGCAGGAUCAUCGCUAGAGCGUCCCACAACAAUUAUAGAAUCGUUUCCGAUCUCAAGACCUACGAUGUCUUCUUCCACCGAGACCGUAACUCUGACGGCAUCGUGUCUCUGUGGCGCUCAUAACUAUAGUACUACCUUUCCUGCAUCCACUCUUCCCUUAUCAGGGCAUGUGUGCCACUGCACGACCUGUCGGCACUUGUGCGGCUCGCUCCACACCUCGCUCACAUCAUGGCCUGAGCCUCGCGCCAACGUCGACACUUCCAGCCUCAAGACGUUCAGCUGCUGGGAGCGCUUCGAUCUGUUGUUCUGCCCCACUUGUUCAAGCCCAGUUUUCUGUGCCUUCAAAGAUCCGGCCAGGAAUUUGGGAGUGGUCACUGGUGCGCUCGGUAACGCGAACGUCGGAGAUCGCCAAUUGAUCAAGUUCGGUGGGCAGGGCUUUGUGGCCGACACAGAGGAUGGAGGUGCGAGUUCAUGGCUCUGUGUUCUCAAUGGCGAUGGGGAGGAUCUGAAGAGUUACGAGGGAGUAGUAGCCGGCCGUGGUCCAGGGGCGGAGGAAUUACCUGAAGACUGGCCACGAUCUUCUACUCUUUCGGAACUGAAGGCGAAGGAGGAAGAUGAUGUACCCAUACGCUGCAAAUGCGGUGGGGUAGAUCUGGUCCUCCACCGCGGCGACUACAAACAUAUGGCCGAAGAAGAGCUUCUCUCCAACGUCGAACCCGUUAGUAGGAAGCUCAAAGCUGGCUUUUGCGGAUGCAACAGCUGCAGACUGCAGAGCGGGAGUGACGUCUUCAACUGGACGUACGCGGAGACAAGGUACAUACACUUUGGAAAGGAUAGCAGUAAAGCCUUUCCCAAAGACAUGUACGCCCUCAACGAACUCAUCGACGCGAAAGACCCCGCUGUGGGUACGCUGAAGUACUACAACUCUUCGCCCGAUGUCUAUCGCCACUUCUGCGACACCUGUUCCGCAGUGGUUUUCUACACUACUGGCAAACGACCGCAGAUCUUCGAUAUCGCUAUUGGUCUUUUGGAGUCCAAGGAUGGAGCUCGAGUUGAGAACAUGCUGUAUUGGCCUUUUGGAAUGACGUUCAGUUUCCAGGAAGAUGGCGAUGGUGGGUGGCGACAGAGUGUGUACGAGAGGUUGAGAAGUAAGGCGGAGGAGUGGCGCAUUGCGAGGGGAUACCCGAAGAAUUGGAAGAGCAGCGCAGAGUAUCAAGACAUCAAAUGAGAGUCGUCCGAAACUGAGCUUGUCAUGUUCACCGGAGGAGAACUUUUCACCGCGGCCCUUGUCACAAGUGUAGACGAAAAUAUUAUCGGGAUAUGCAUGUGCCACACGCAUCUAUCCAUCCGCAUCAGGAAACGCUGACUGUAGUAUCUACUGUUAUUUUUUACCCAGUGGUAGAGUCACAGAUUCUCUCUGGCUGUCAACAGUUCACACGUUAUUCCACUGAGUUUCA